CCCGGCAGCCAUAGCGACGACGCUACCUGCAGUGACGGGAGCAGGCGGGGGGGGGGCCGGCGGCGGACAAAGGGGGCGCCGCGCGAGCCCGCACCCAGCGGCCCCGGAGGGAAUUGCCAAAAUGCUUUGGAAUUCUUAAACGAUUCAAAAACUGAAGUCUCUGAGGAUACAAAAUCAUAAGAACACAAGAAGCAGCAAGGAGGAUUCAGUGCCAAUGCAGCAACAAAAAAGACAGCCAGAGUUAGUGGAAGGAAAUCUUCCUGUUUUUGUUUUUCCUACAGAACUUAUAUUUUAUGCAGAUGACCAGUCAACACACAAGCAGGUGUUGACUCUAUAUAACCCCUAUGAGUUUGCCUUAAAAUUCAAAGUUCUUUGUACAACUCCAAAUAAAUAUGCGGUGGUUGAUGCUACUGGUGCAGUGAAGCCUCAGUGCUGUGUUGAUAUUGUGAUUCGUCACAGAGAUGUUCGGGCUUCUUACUAUGGUGUGAUAGAUAAAUUUCGUCUACAAGUGUCUGAGCAGAGCCAGAGGAAAGCAUUAGGGAAAAAGGAGAUUAUUGCUACUCUACUUCCAUCUGCAAAGGAACAACAACAACAAAAGGAAGAGGAGGAAAAACGAAUAAAAGAACACCUGGCUGAAAGUGUCUUUUUUGAGCAGACUUUGUGUCAACCAGAAAACAGAACUGCCUCGUCGGGACCUAGUUUACUAACAGUCUUCCUGGGAAUAGUGUGUAUUGCAGCACUAAUGCUACCUACAUUGGGGGAAAUGGAAUCCCUGGUGCCUCUCUACCUCCAUUUAAGUGUGAAUCAAAAAUUAGUAGCUGCUUAUGUUUUAGGUCUCAUCACCAUGGUUAUUUUGAGAACAUGAGCAAUGAGUUAAUAGGAUGUCAAACACCUUACUGUAUAUUCACAUCAUGAAUGUGGACUGCCUUUUACUCCCAUUUGGCUCAUUAAGAUGCUAGCAAAACCGUUCAGUGAUUUAAGAUACCUUCAGAAGUGUAAUAUAUUUUAACUAUGUAUAAUAAAUGAAAGACUCAAAGCACUUUUCGGUGCUUCUGUAACAGACAGCUAUGAAAUGUUCAGUGAUACCUGUGAAAAUAAUUUGAAAAACUUUUAUAUCUACGCCUACUGUAAAAAAUCCUUAUUAAAGCAACAUUUGUUAUUUUUAGUCUAUGUUCACAUCAGUGCGUGAUCACUAUAAAAGCAAACUGUCUUAUGUAAAACGUUCAUUUGGUUUGUGGUUGUACAUGCUGAGGCUGGUGCAUAACACUUCUGUAUACAUACCAGAAGGAUGAGAGUCAUGACUAAUCAUUGAAGAAAAUGAAAAAUUCCAUCAGUGAAACUAUGAAAUAAACCAUGAAUUUUAGGUGAAGAAGUAAUUCUCAAAUUCCUUACUUCAUCAUUACCAAUAUAUUGUUGAGCGCUCGUUUUCUUAACUGGGGAAAUAAUUCCUGCGACAGCCAUUUUGUAUCACAAUUGUAGACAAUAAACAACAAGUUCUAUAA